GGUCCUUCGUUCCGCAAAUCAACAGAAAAGCAUCGUGUUGCGUUUGCGCCUGUCCCGACUAACCUUCAUGUCCAUCAAUCUACAGUCGAUAAUAGGGUUACUCGAGAGGUUUUGAGCUGUGGUACCACUUCUGCUUUACCUCUCCGCUUCCAGCACGGUGGCCUCUCUCGAAUCGCUACAUUGCUGGAAAUUGACAGAAUGUUCCAUGAUUUCCCUUUCUGGUCAAGGCGGUUCUUUUUGGCCGACCUCAAGAAGUACGUCGGACAACUGAAUCGCAGACUGGAUGCUGAAUGGAAUGAUGGGAAUUUUGAAAAGCGAGCAAAGCUCAGCUCUGAUAUUGCUUCUGGUAUCAGAAGUGUUUUUGAACGUUUCAAGGAUAUCGCCGACAGCAUAGCAGAGCUGGAUGAAUACGCUGAAAUUCUUGCUGACGAGGAGAAUCGAAGAGUGUCCCUGGGUCAAAAUAUUGAUCGGCGGAUACCGGAUACACUCCAAAACCAGAUGGAUACGAUUGAUGCCAUGGUGAUAAGUCUGACUACGAAAGUGGCCGUUAUGGAUAAAAUCAACGAAGAGCAGGGUAAAAGUGAAAUCUACGAAAAGACUGUACGAGAAGCUAUUUGUCUCUGCUUCGAUAUGUUACUAGCACUGGCAGACUCUGUUUUGGAAUCACAGCUGUUCGGUCUAGUGGUAGAAACCCACAAGAGCUCGACGUCCCAUCUCUAUUUUCACGUGCAGCUACGAUCUGACUUUAUUCUAUCCCAAGCAAUCACCAUCGCUGCUACGGCUGUUCUCAAUACCGUCUAUCGAGGCUGGCCCAUUGCUGAUGGGUAUGCUAAAGAUCUUCUCCUGACAGUGUUUUCAUUCCUUUCUGCCUAUGGCGAUGAGAGAGGAAUGGCUGAAGAUGCGUGGGAGGCUUGGCGACAACUUGAGGCGCGGGUAGUCUUCACGCUGGUACGAGCACCUUCGCAAGUGUCUCGCACCUGUAUACCACUCGUCUCUGGUCAUCGGACAGGAAUAAAUGUGUCAAUACCAUUACCUCACGACAUCUACGACGCCAUUCCUUCAGAAUUGAAGGCCCGAAAGUCAAUAGUAAUCCGUGCCGCAUUUUUCAACGUCGGAGUGAAUUACGAAGCUACUCUUGGACAAUCUUUUGGCGGUGUGAUACUGGAAACCGCGAUCAAUCAAGAAGGUGCUGAAAGGAUUUUGUCCUAUUCGAAUCGCUAUACAGCUGACCAGAGCGCACGCGACGCAGCGAUGGAGCUCGUGAAUGUGGUAGCAAGUGAGCCUUCCCGAAAAAAUCUCGCAAUCUUCGAGUGGGCAAUGACAGCAUGCGAGUUGCUGGAUGGCCACGCUGUCAUUUGCUGCAAAAGUGGAAAAGACCGAACAGGCAUGGCUGUCACAAUGGAACAAGGACGUGUACUUCGAGAAACGUGCGGGCUCAAUGCGGCACAGGUACGUGAGCGUUUUAUCUGUACCAAACGU